CGCAGUCUAGCUUCCUGUCUCUGUGUGUGAGUGUGUUUGUGUGACUACAGUGUGUGUACAAUCUGAUGUCAGACCAGAAUUCAUCUCAGCACUGAACACAUCUCAGCACUGAACACAUCUCAGCGACCAAUCAGCUGUGACGGAAGCGCUACAAGGUAUAAAAGCAGAGUCUUUACACUGAUGAUCAACACAAGCAUCUUAAUAAUCAACAAGUGACAUUCGACGAUUUCUUUGCAGCGAUCAAAAUGAAGGAUUUUUGGGGCCGUCUUUCCAUGCUCAUAGUUUUGUUCAUCUCAACAACAGGGGCUGUGGAUGCAGUGAACGUUGUGGCGUAUGGUCAGGUGGGAGGACAGAUCACUCUCAGGACAGAGUCUGAAAGCGAUUUAUACGUGGACUGGUACUCAGACGGACAAGAAGUAAUAUCUAAAAACAUUUAUGGUGUUGAGAAAAAAAGUGACAAGUGGAAAGGCCGUGUGUCGCUGUCUAAAAACUCCCUGAUCAUCUCACAACUCAGAUCGGAGGACUUCAACAAAUCAUUCAACUGUGAACUGAGGAUGGGGAACACGCUCAGAUCCUCAACCACAUACUCUCUCCGCACCAUGAGUGUGCAGCCGCCCCCCUCGUCCCUUUUGGCUGGGGAGACCCUCUCUCUACGCUGUGAUCUGCAGGGUCCUGACAAGCGGCAAGUGAAAUGGCUGGGUCCCCAGAAAAGAGACCUGUCAAAGGACAACAGGGUCCAGGUACCCAAUGGGAUCAGUCUGACUGUGAGCAACGUCAGUGGAAAGGACCAUGGGCAGUGGCUCUGUGAGGUCACAUCUGACAACCAGCAGUACGUUGCUAACGCCUGGGUAGUGGUGGUGGAUCUCUCCCCUGCACCAAAACAGCCUAUCUACACCUCUACCUCCUCCCUCUCACCCCUCAUCCCCUGCUCAAUCCCGUUUAACGUGUCCAUGCUUAAGGAGAAAGGCAUCAAGGGAGCCUACUGGAGUUUCACCCCGGGCCGAGCCUCAGGCCUCCCCUCAGGGGAGCCGAAGAAGCUCCUUGCCCUGGGGCCCCCUCCAACCUGGGAGUCUCUCCUGAAGAGUGAUAAAAAACUCCCAGUACUCCAACCUCCGCAGAAGAACAACUUCGACUUCUCCCUCCAGUGGAGCGGGGUGACCGAGGGCGACAGGGGCGAGUACACCUGUGCUCUGGAAUUCAAAGGCGACAAAACACUGAAGAGGGUGAUACAUUUGGAGGUCCUGCAAGUUAUAUCCUCUCGUGGACCACAGCUUCUGAUUGGUCAGGAUGUUAACCUCACUUGCAGCCUGGGCCGUCCCAUGGCCGCUGAUCUGAGCGUCAAGUGGAUCCGUCCGACGCAAAGAGGAAGCCAAACCUCCUCGCGUUCUCAGAGCCCCGCCCUCAACUCCACCCACCUCACCAUCCAGGAAGUGGGCAGUGGCGACCGCGGCAGAUGGAAAUGCGAGCUGUGGAGGAAGGAGGAGAAGCUGACGACAGCAGAGAUCACACUGAAGAUCGAGCGAGCCCCCAUGGACGUGUGGCUGCUGGUGACGAUCUGUGCUGCCACUGUCAUCUUCAUCCUCCUCCUCAUCCUCACCGUCAUCCUGUUUCGGCGGCGGCAACAGCGAGGGACGAUGCCAAGGCGAAGGAAGCACAAAUUCUGCCGCUGCAAAGAGCCGAAGCCCAAGGGAUUCUACAGGACCUAGAGCAUCUAACAGAGAUUCUAGAACACCACCACAAAGAAACAAUUGUUUUGAUUCUGAUACAGGCCGAAGCCCAAGGGAUUCUACAGGACCUAGAGCGUCUAACAGAGAUUCUAGAACACCACCACAAAGGAACAAUUGCUCACAAACUCAGGAUGACAUUGCCAUCAGGUCUACACGUGUGAAAUACGUUUUUAAUGAAAAAGAGGUCAAGAGAGAGAAAAUAGAACGGAUAUGGAUGUUUGGGGAUGAAUUAUUCACGAGAGAAUACUAUCUAAAUCAACUGGACAUACAGUUUGUAUAUAUUCUUGUUCUACUGAUUUUAUUGAAUUGCAUGUAAUUUCAUUUUGCAGUCUUUGUGGUGUUUUCACAGGGAUUACCAAGGGUUUUAUGCUACAAGCUUUAAUUUAAUCAUAAAUUAAAAUGGUCGCCUGCUGAGUUGCAAAACCCAUCAAUUUUUAACACAGUUUUUCCCUCUGGCUUUGAAUAAUGCCAAAAAGACACACAAAAAACAAUGUUUUUGUGCUUUUUACCUUAUAUUCAUAGAAGUAUAUGUGUUGUGGCAACCCUGGAGCCUGGGGUCAGGUGAUCAACCCUGGAGCCUGGGGUCAGGUGAUCCAACCCUGGAGCCUGGGGUCAGGUGAUCCAACCCUGGAGCCUGGGGUCAGGUGAUCCAACCCUGGAGCCUGUGCUUUUUACCUUAUAAUCAUAGAAGUAUAUGUGUUGUGGCAACCCUGGAGCCUGGGGUCAGGUGAUCAAGGGGAAGUAUCCCAGAUUCCCGCUCCCUGGCCGGGUCAAAGCCUGUGAGCUCCACAGUUACCGCAGCGUAUAUAUACAUAUACAUACAUAUCCAAGGAUGUAUAUAUGUACAUAUCAGUGUAUCCGUAUAGAACUUAUAUACCCUAUUACAUCUUUUUAUAUUUUGCCACAUAAAAUAAACACGUGAAGAACAUAUUACCGACUGUGCCUUCAUGACCUCAAAUGAGAAAAGAAAGCAAGCAGUGUAAGAGUUCAAAAGGUUAUUUGAUUUAGUUCCGAAAACAAACCAGGCCUGACGACAGAAAUAAUGGCAAUGUGGGCAAACAACACAGACGAACAUAUUCCACACCAUUGAGAUUAUGUCUGUAAACUUUCGAAUAUUGUGUAACAGUUACUGUAAGUAGUGCACACCAGUAGGGGUGAGAACACCAUGGUGAGACAGGCACAGUAGCUCUGGGGUUCCUCCCGAGUCAGUGGUGCUGGGAACAGCUUGGCUCCAUGGGCUUGGAUGGACGCCAUCUGACAGAUGUGAAGCAUCCGAGCCUCCAGGACGAGUCGGCAAGGUCUGGUGUUGCUAGGCUGAACAUAUUAUUCAGCUCGGAGUGUGGUUAUGUAGUGAGGGGAAUGGAAAGUACAGAUUUCAGAAACAUACUGAAUCAGAGACAGGAGGCUGGAAUGGGAAGCUGUGUGAGCAAAU